AUGGAUCGUCUUAAGCUUUCUUUCUCCGUUUUCGUGCUUCUUUUCCUUUUCGUCUCCGUUUCGUCCAGGGGGAUUCUCCCUGAGACGUCGUCGUCUGACGGCGGUGACCACGUGAUCCGGCAGGUGGUUGAUGGAGCCGAGCCCAAGGUUUUAUCCUCUGAGGAUCACUUUUCUCUUUUCAAGAGGAAGUUCGGCAAGGCGAGCGAGGCGUCACCAGAAGAUGGAUUCGUCGCGCGUCAUGGUGUGACGCAGUUCUCAGAUCUGACUCGGUCUGAGUUCCGGAAGAAGCACCUCGGUGUUAAAGGCGGGUUUAAGCUUCCGAAGGACGCCAACAAGGCUCCGAUUCUCCCUACCGAAAAUCUUCUGGAGAGAUCGUGGCGCAGUUACUCCCAUCAAGAAUCAGGGGGCGUUUCAGCGCCACCGGAGCUCUGGUGGGUGCUAACUUCCUCGCAACCGGCAAACUCGUCAGCCUUAUUCAACGGCAGCUCGUCAACUGUGAUCACGAGGUUUGACUUUUGUGACCCAGAAGAGGCCGGUUCAUGCGACUCUGGUUGCAAUGGUGGGCUAAUGAACAGCGCAUUUGAGUACACACUCAAAACCGGAGGGCUCAUGAGAGAGGAAGACUAUCCAUACACUGGAAAGGACGGCCCGACCUGCAAGUUAGACAAGUCCAAGAUCGUUGCCUCUGUCUCCAACUUCAGCGUCAUCUCCAUUGACGAAGAACAGAUCGCUGCAAACCUCGUCAAGAACGGCCCACUUGCAGUAGCCAUCAACGCCGCCUAUAUGCAGACUUACAUUGGAGGAGUCUCGUGCCCUUACAUAUGCGCCAGGAGACUCAACCACGGUGUCUUGUUGGUGGGUUACGGCUCCGCCGGUUACGCCCCGGCUAGGUUCAAGGAGAAGCCUUACUGGAUCAUCAAGAACUCAUGGGGAGAGACUUGGGGUGAGAAUGGUUUCUACAAAAUCUGCAAAGGCCGUAACAUUUGUGGCGUUGACAGUCUCGUCUCUACCGUUUCAGCCACCGUCUCCACCGCCGCCCCGUAAUUAAGCCCUCGUUAAUAAAUUUAACUUACUUUUCGUGAUUUGCGUAAGCGACCGCUCUUCGCGUCGACCCUCUCUGCUUUUUUUAAAGAAAGAUGAAGUUUGUAUAUAAAAUGCUGUCGAAGGCAGCACGAUCAGCGAUAUGAAUGAUCAGCGAUAUGAAUGGGCUGGUUAGGCUAUUGUAAUUUAAAUCUAAGUUUGGUUUCCAAAUGGGCGCUGUAUUAGAACAAUCUGAAUGGGCUGAUUAAGCCCUUAUAAUUUAGUUGGCCUUCUAGGUGGGCUGAUAAGAUGAAUAUGAAUGGACUGACUGGGCCCUGAGAUUUAUAAAGUUGGGCUUUUAAAUGAGCUUAUUAUCAA